AUGUCCAAGUGGCUGCCUUUAUGGAGCAUCAUCAUGGGGGAGGCCAUCAGUCUUACAUCUUUGGGCGAGGAGCAUGGAGGAUUAGAUGUCGACCAACCAAACCACCUUUGGCUUCUCCACAAGCUCUUUCUCAAUGCCCUAAAUGCACACAUUGGACAGUUUGUCCAGUCAUGGAACCAUCAUAUCAUUUCUAUUCGUGGAGAGUGGGGUCAAAGUCCCAUUGAUAUGUUUGGGUUUGACAUGCUAGUGCAUGGUAUCCGGGGUAACAUGGUAUGGGAAGAGGAUAUGGUAAGGGUUGAAUCAAAUACAACAGACACUGAGAGGCUUCAGGAUGAUGUGCUUCACCCUGAAGACCUCACUGCUUAUGAUGGUGACAUUCAGGAUGAAGCCUUACAGGCACCAGGAUCUUGGAGGAGGCAUCGACUUCAUGAAGUUAUUGUGUCAGUUGACCAUGACAACCUAAGCAGCCAGAUAGAGGCAGGACUUAUAUCAUUCAUCUCACCACAUCUGGAAGUGGCUUCAACUAAAGAAGAAAUGCUGGGUGUUUGGCAGAUAGCUCUAGCUGCAAUGAGGAACAAUUUUGUACCAGGUUUCUAG